AUGUUGACUAGUUCUACUGUAUGGAGCGACAUCUUCCAAGAGCGGCUCGACGCGCUUCCUUUCGACACCGAAACGCUUCGGUCUGAGCUGCGGGAAAUCACUUGCGCAUAUGCGGACUACUGUGUGGCACUCAACGCGCGCGUGGAAAACCUGCGCCGCCCAAAACUUCAUCCCUCUCGAACCCCCUCAGCCUCGUCAUUACCCGCAGAGAUACUACUCCUUAUAUUCUCUACUAUCUCAGAAGACGAGCCGAUGGGCGAUCUAUGCGAGUACAGGGGCAUUCGAAUCGAGGACUCGGAUUCGGAUGUCGACAGUGACGAGGAAGGGGACGACUCGGACCAUAUCACGCCUUCAUGCCCUUAUCAAUGUGAUUGUUGGCUACACCAUAGUCUUCAAUGGGCACGCAUUACCCACGUCUGCGCGCACUGGCGACGCAUCGCAAUCGACAAUCCCACCCUUUGGACAAAUAUCACGCUCAAUCUUUCCACGCCGUGGCUUCAUGCGCUCGUCUCGCGUUCAAGGAACCUUCCUCUCGACAUCACUAUACCUUGCGAUGCCAAUUGGGAUGCCGUCGAACCGAUACUCUCCGAAUGCAUCCAUCGGGCGCGUAGCAUCUCCGCGGAGCGCGGCUCAGACAUCAUCAACACUAUCCUACAGCGCUAUAGGGCUCCGCUCUUAGAGAUACUGGAUAUCGAUCAGAGCAUCGCCAACUCCGAUCCUUUCAUCAUGCCUCCAGACAUGAACGCCUUUCUACCGCAACUCCGUCGUCUUCAUUGCCCUGUCGUCACCUUCCCUCCGGAAGUGCAAUAUUCACCGUCGUUACGACUAACUCAUCUUACCGUGCUUUCGUCCAAUGACGCUCUUUCGGUGCCAGAACUUCGCGGUCUCCUCCAUGCACUCCCGCUCAUACAAGUUCUACAACUCGAGAAUUGCCUACCAAGGAGCGCUGAAGACAUCUCCCCGCAAACGAUCUGCCUUGCACAUCUGAAAACACUCAUUCUACGAGGUCUGACGAGCUCGUGCGGUGCCAUCAUGCGCGCCAUCGCAUAUUCCUCGUCUACAAAUGUGACACUAUACAUGCUCCCCGACGAAGAGCAUGUGCUGCAAGGCGCUGAGUUCAUGCAACGCUCGGGAAUUGGGACACUUCUCCAGACCGCCUGCGCAACUCCCUUUCAUUCUCUCCACAUAUCCUGCGUGGAGUCCAGACCAAAUAACUGGCAGUUUGUGGUAGCGGGACUACGCAACCCUUGCCACAUUGAUCGAUACGUUCGCGACGACACGCGUUUCGAGCCGCACUGGACAGGGCCUUCCUACGAGGAUAUGAAGGUUGUUUGUAUGUUACCCGCUAUAUCUAUCGACGGGAAUGACUCCUCACAUAUCCUCGCACUGAGCCUCUUCACGCUCCUCAUAACAACUCUACCGCUCGCAACCCUCAACAUGCUCUCUCUCAAAGUCGACACCCUUCUCACCCUAGACACAGAGCCAUGGAAUUGUGCACGGUGGCUAUCACUCCUCAAAGAAGCAGAAAAGCUCGAGCACAUCCAGCUCAUUGCUCGACCAUGGGAGCUGCAUAAUCCCAGUAAACAUGCGCAGCCGUGCCUAUACGCCGAUCUUCUCCUUGCGCUUUCGUUGGGACCACACGUAUCCCGAAAGUGCCUGCUUUCACCUGAGCUCUCAGAGCUGAGCCUCAUCAACAUCGACGCCUCAUCUACGGUCGUCAUCAAAGCCGGCCCGAACCGGUAUCUUAGGACGACAGCCGCACGGGUCCUGCAUUUCUUUCUCAGUUCGCGAAAGGACUUUGGGAGGCAGAAUGUUCACGUUGCGAACACCGGCAUUUCAUGGCAGCGCCACUUCUUUGGCGAGGCCGAUUACGGGCCGUUGGUGAAGAUGGGCGGCGAGAUCGUGGACAUGAAAGAAGAAGUCGACCAGGAGAGGGUUCAUAGCAUGAUUACCGAGGCGGUGACACGGUCUUUCCCAGCUAGUGACUUAGCGUUGUAG